AUGCGGAAGAUCUUCACUCGCAAAAGUCGGGGACAGGAGGACGACGAGUCCGCUGAAUGUCGGUUCGGCAACCACAGUCCGCGAUCGAAUCAAUCGCUCGACAAGCCGCAGCCGCUCUCCGGUUCAUGGAACGCCAAAUCCACGAGUCCGUUGCAACAGGAACACGGGCCCGUCACCUCGUGGGAAGAGGCCCUCCGCAAGCUUGAACCGCACCCACGCCGCCGACGUGCCACUCUGCCGAGCUUGAUCUUUUCGGACGACGAAUCUCGCGGUGCCCUGGAGGCGGUCGUGCAUUCGGGCCGACCAACCAGUAAGCGGGACAACAGUCCGCACGCCAACAGUGAUCCGGAUGAGGUCCGCCGGCGAGAGAUGCGGCAGAUCAAGCGCCGCUCGCGCAGCGCGACCGCCCUGCGCGGCAUGGCCAAAGAUCACCUAAUGUCUCCCAUUCAAUGGCGACGCCGCAGUUUGGAGUCGUACGCAGGAUCGACGACCUUUGGAGCGGUCUCCGAGGCCGAUGCAUCGGAACGACCCCCGACCCGGACAACGGUCGCCAGUGCCCCGAAACCCACGACCGAGCCGUCCUUCCUGGAUGGGCCGGAUGAGGACGAGGAGGAAGAUGCACCACCAGAGGAGCCCAUGCCCCCAAUGGUUGGGACGCUAGUCAACUCAUUGCAACACGAUGAGAACGUGACGCUGGAACAGCGACUGACCACCUUGGAGGUAAAAUUGAUCGACCUCGAGUGUGCAAUUGCACGCAUACAGUCUGGACGCAGCGAGACGCCGGCCGAGCCGUCGGGACAGAGGAAACCGUCACCGCCGACGACCCGGCACAAGCGCAAGCCAUCGUCGGCCCAGUCGCCGUCGGGAAGUGACGAGGCCCCGGGUGCCAAGUCGCCCGGCGGCGCCGAUCGCCCGUCUAGCACGAGCACGCUGCGCCCGAACCAUCUCCACCGCUCGCGCACUUUGCAGGCACCGUCCUCCACGUCGCUGCACGAAUGCAAUACCAUCUCCGUCGAACAGUACAGCGCACUGGUGAUGCUGCUGCGUCGGGAGCAGUCUGCGCGACGCAACCUCGAGGAACAGGUAUCCAACCUGCGGAGCGAUGUCGAGCAACUGACGCGCGUGGCACGCGAAUCCAUGGGCAUGGGGCCUAUCUAUCCUAUUCCGAUUGACGCGCAUGAUAUUAUGCGUAUGCGGCAGGCCCUGGGGCCAUCCCCGACCAACUCAGGGCCACCGACGGAAAAGAUCUCCCCAGAUAGUGAUUCGGAGGAGCGCCCGGAGCUUCCUCCAAAGGGAGACCUGUACCAUCCGCGGUGGCCGUCGGCGCGCCGGGUCGAAGUUGGCGGGAUGAUAUGA